GUUAACGACCUUGAAUUCGGCUCUCUAAAAAACUCGAAUUGAGUCGUACUGUCGAGCUGUCUUCUGGCAACGGCAGAUUUUGGUGUCCGCCGCGUUCGAUUUUGGUAUGGAGGCUUCGUUUUUCUCCACCGGCUGUACACAUCUCAAGCAAUCUCACUCUGCCGAAUUUGUACUGGAGCGCGGUGGUUUGUGCAAAUGGAACCAGGUUCAUUUGUUUCCAUCGAAGAGGGCGCUGACGCCAUUAGUGGUUCAAUUUGGAAAUUUGAAACAGAAUCACUCACAGGUUCGAAAUUGUCAGUUGAAGGAAGUCCCAAUCAUAGAGGCUGGGUGCAUGGAGGAAAUAUAUGAUACUUUAGCAGAACGUGUUGUUCCUGUUGCAGCAGCUGAAUCAAAUCCCCAUUUUAAGUAUAUUGUUGGAUUAUGUGGCCCUCCUGGCGCGGGAAAGAGCACUCUUGCUUCUGAGGUAGCUAGGCGAGUCAACCAUAUAUGGACCCAAAGGUCUUCUGUUGUUGAUUCUCAAGUUCAGCCUCUAGCAGUUGCAAUUGUGCUUCCCAUGGAUGGAUUCCAUCUUUAUCGCCAUCAGUUGGAUGGAAUGGAGGAUCCAAAAGAAGCUCAUGCAAGACGAGGAGCUCCUUGGACAUUUGACCCCAAACGACUCCUGAGAUGUCUCGGAAAUCUACGAGACAAGGGAUCAGUGUACGCCCCAUCUUUCGACCAUGGCGUGGGAGAUCCUGUAGAAGACGACAUCUUUGUGAGCCUGGAGCAUAAAGUAGUGAUAGUUGAAGGUAACUACUUGCUUUUGGACGACGAGGUGUGGAGAGACAUCUCCUCUAUAUUUGAUGACAAGUGGUUCAUUGAUGUUGAUUUGGAGAAGGCAAUGGAGCGAGUGCGAAGACGACAUAUAUCGACAGGAAAGCCCCCCGAUGUUGCUAAAUGGCGGAUUGACUACAACGACAGGCCAAAUGCAGAGCUGAUAAUGAAGUCGAAGAAUAAAGCAGAUCUGAUCAUCAAGUCAGUCGAUUUCUUGAGGUAAAAUUUUGCUAGACUUACAUGAAUAUAAAGCAUGCAUAUUGAGCUAUAGAAUGUAUAUUCAUGACCAAAAAUAAAAUCAAAAGUGGCUGAAUGCUGCUUAUCUGUAGUAUAUUUAUUAAAAGAAGUUUAAAGAAGAUUGCAUACUUCGUCUCAGUACAUUAAACCUUCAUUUAGUGAAGUAGAUGGAUCGAAGAAAUCAACAAAUAAUUUAGAUAUAUGAUGGUGAUCAUUUGGGAGGGCACACGGCAUUCGAAGCUAAUUACU